AUGGCACCGGUGGGAUUACCUCCUGGUUUUAGGUUUCAUCCGACUGAUGAAGAGCUCGUGAAUUACUAUCUCAAAAGGAAAAUAAAUGGCCAAGAAAUUGAACUUGACAUCAUUCCUGAGGUUGAUCUCUACAAAUGUGAACCAUGGGAGUUGGCAGAAAAGUCGUUUUUGCCAAGUAGAGAUCCGGAGUGGUACUUCUUUGGACCUCGAGAUCGAAAAUACCCAAAUGGAUUCAGGACAAACAGAGCAACUAGGGCAGGAUAUUGGAAGUCUACCGGGAAGGACAGGAGAGUUAGUUGUCAGAAUCGAGCCAUUGGAAUGAAGAAGACUCUGGUUUACUACAAAGGCCGCGCCCCUCAGGGAAUUAGGACGGACUGGGUAAUGCAUGAAUACCGCCUUGACGAUAAGGAGUGCGAGGACACCUGUGGAAUUCAGGAUUCUUAUGCACUAUGUCGCGUUUUCAAGAAAAAUGGCAUCUGCUCGGAGACAGAAGAGCAAGGGCAGUGUAGUUUAUCAGUGAUGGAGUGCUCACAAGGUGUUAUCAACGAUUCUGAAACCAUGUCUCCAGAUCUUCCUUUAGCCUCAUCUUCCUGCAUCGAAGAGGAAGAUAAAGAUGACUCAUGGAUGCAGUUUAUCACUGAUGAUGCAUGGUGCUCUUCUAACACUACUGCCAUGGCAGGGGAUGGAAGUUUCUAAUGUGGCAUUAUACAAACUAAAGAGCUAAAAGUUAAAUUAAACAUUCAAAAAUCUUCCAGGUACUGGUGAAUAACACAAGUUAAUUGGCUAAGUUUCUUAAAAUAAGACUCAAAAUUACAAAAUAUAUU